UCCGAGAUGGCCGUUCUGAUCGUACUGUUGAUCGGUCUUGUCACCUUCGCCGCGUGGUAUGUGCUCCAGCACUUUAACUACUGGAAGCGUCGCGGCAUCCCCCACGAUGCGCCCAAAAUUCCGUUCGGCAAUACCAGCGAGCUAAUGAAAAGCGUUCAAAUUUCUCAUAUUUUCAUGAGAACCUACAACAAGUAUAAGAACAAGAUCGAAGGACCAUUCGUGGGAUUUUAUAUGUACUUCAAGCAGAUGAUAAUUGUAACCGAUAUUGAUUUCGUUAAGACCGUGCUGAUUCGCGAGUUUGAGAAGUUCCACGAUCGCGGUGUAUUCCACAACGAGCGCGACGAUCCACUGUCCGCCAACCUGGUGAAUAUCGAUGGUCAGAAGUGGAAGACUCUGCGCCAGAAGCUGACGCCCACUUUUACCUCUGGCAAGAUGAAGUCCAUGUUCCCCACCAUCCUGACCGUGGGAGAUGAUCUGAUACGGGUCUUUGGAGAAACAGCUAGUGCUAGUAGCGACUCCAUGGAGAUCACGCACUUGCUGGCCCGCUUCACCGCCGACGUCAUCGGGAGCUGCGCCUUCGGCUUGGAUUGCCAUAGUUUGUCGGAUCCCAAGGCGGAGUUCGUCCAAAUGGGAACUGCCGCGAUCACCGAGCGGCGCUAUGGCAAGUCUAUGGAUCUUCUACUGUUCGGAGCCCCCCAGCUGGCCGCCAAGCUUCGAAUGAAGGCGACCGUGCAAAAGGUCGAGGACUUCUACAUGAACAUCAUCCGGGACACUGUUGACUAUCGCAUUAAGAACAAUGUGAAGAGAAACGAUUUCAUGGAUAUGCUGAUUGAAAUGAAAUUGAAAUACGACAAAGGCGACAAGGCCAAUGGGCUGACGUUCAAUGAAAUCGCUGCCCAGGCAUUCAUAUUCUUCUUGGCUGGGUUCGAGACCAGUUCUACAUCAAUGGGAUUUGCCCUUUAUGAGCUGGCCAGCAAUCAGGACAUUCAGGAUAAGCUUAGAAUCGAAGUUGAUAGCGUAAUGAAAAAACAUAAUGGCAAAUUGGAUUACGACAGCAUGCGAGAGAUGACUUACUUGGAAAAGGUCAUCGAUGAAACCAUGAGGAAACGCCCUGUCGUCGGCCAUUUAAUACGCAUUGCAACUCAACGCUACGAGCAUACAGAUCCGAAAUAUUACAUUGAGAAAGGAACGGGAGUAAUCAUCCCCACAAUGGCCAUACAUCACGAUCCGGAGUUUUAUCCAGAGCCCGAGAAGUUCAUUCCGGAGCGUUUUGAUGAGGAGCAGGUGCAACAGCGUCCUGCCUGCACUUUCCUGCCCUUUGGAGAUGGUCCUCGGAACUGCAUCGGACUUCGAUUCGGGCGGAUGCAGGUCAUAGUGGGCAUGGCCCUCUUAAUCCACAACUUCAAGUUUGAGAUUCACCCCACCAAAACCGUCGUCCCAUUAGAAUAUAGGACCGAUGAUCUUUUGAUGAGCUCGAAGGAUGGAAUUCACUUGAAAGUCAGUAGAGUGGGAAAGUUGUAAAGUUAAUUCAAGAAUUAUUCUGAUAAAGCUUUGUUCUUGCGACGCAAAUACUAACACCCACACUAAUACUUGAAUGAAUGUACUUUUAGAUUAGAACGUUGUGAUAGUUUUUCAUAGUAUUUCACAUGCAGUAAUUAUAACUUUUUGCUUCACCUACGGUCAUGUGUAUACGCCUUUUUAAUUGGUAAUUUAUUCUGUAUAUUUGUACGUAGCUUAGUUUGAGGUUUCAAAAAAAUGUUUUGAAUCGU